AUGUGCAGUCCAAUGCCUGCGCCUGUUUGUUUGGUGAAAAAUGUGAAUGGUUCACUGCAUGUGAAUGACAGUGCCAUAAAAUAUCUGGAUGAGAUCAGCCAGCCGGUGGUAGUAGUAUCUAUAGUAGGGCUUUACCGCACUGGAAAGUCUUACCUCAUGAACCGGCUUGCAGGAAAACAAACAGGAUUUAUGCUGGGCAGCACCAUUGAAUCAAAGACUAAAGGGAUUUGGAUGUGGUGUAUCCCUCACCCCUGCAUCCCAAAUCACACCUUGGUGCUUUUGGACACAGAAGGACUGGGGAGCAUUGACAAGGGUGACUCUAAAAAUGAUGCCUGGAUCUUCUGUCUGGCUGUUCUUCUCAGCAGCACUUUGGUCUACAACAGUCGUGGAACUAUCGACAACCAAGCACUGGAAAAUUUACACUAUGUCACUGAGCUUGCAGAACAGAUUAAGAUCAAAUCACCUGCAUCUGCACAAGCUGAAGAUGAUGAUGAAGAUUUCCAGUUUGUGCGGUUCUUUCCUAAUUUUAUCUGGACAGUACGAGACUUUGUACUGGAACUAAAAAUUGAAAACAAGGGUCAAGUGAAUGAGGAUGAGUACUUAGAUUUUGCACUUCAGCUGAAGAAAGGCACUGGGACAAGAAUCAGCAACUACAAUCUUCCAAGACGGUGUAUUCGAAACUAUUUUCCAACUCGGAAGUGUUUUGUAUUCCCGUUACCUGCCUCCCAGGACAAAAUGACUCGCCUUGAGAGCCUAAGUGAAAAUGAUAUAUGGCCUGAUUUUCUUAAUGUGACACAGCAUUUCUGUGACCAUGUCUUUAACAAAAGUAAAGUCAAAACCUUGAAAGGAGGACAAAGAGUCGCUGGCAGGAUGUUUGGUCACCUGGUUCAGUCGUAUGUGGAUACAAUCUCUAGUGGCAAAGUUCCCUGCCUGGAGAAUGCUGUGGUUGCUAUGGCAAGAAAAGAGAACCAGGCAUCUGUGGAGGAAGCAGUUAAACUAUACCAGAGUGGGAUGGAACAGGUGAAGAAUUUGUUUCCGGUCAGCUUCAGUACAAUUUCUGCUGAACACCAGAAGCUCAGCACCAUGGCUACAGCUGAGUUUCUGAAGCACUCAUUCAAAGAUGAACAAGUACAGUACUUCAAAAAAUUGAUGGAGGAAAUAGAAAAACACUUUGCUGAGCUGUUUGUUCAGAACAUGGAGACAUCAGAGAUAAAAUGCCAGAAGCUGCUGUCUGAUCUGUACCUGGAAAUCAAUGAGCGUCUGCAGCAGGGGGAGUAUGCAAAGCCUGGAGGAUAUAAACUAUAUAGCAUACACAAAGAGAAGAGCAUCAUCAACAAGUACCACAGCCAGCCUGACAAGGGAGUCAGAGCUGAGGAUGUGUUGGAAACAUUUCUUAAUAAAAAACGUAUAGAGGCAGACAUAAUUCUCCAGACUGACACCAAACUGACAGAACAUGAGAAAAAAAUGAAAGAGAUGGAAGAACAAUCAGCUUUGUUAAAGCAGAAGGAUGAAGCAGAAGAGAAAAGAAUGCAGGAGCUAGAACAAAUGGUGGUGGAGGGAAAAAAGCACAGUGAGGAACGACUGCAGCAGCUCCAGGAAAAAAUUAAGGAAGAGUUGCUUCAGCAGCAGCAGGAGCUGGAGAAAGCUGUGGAGAAGAAACUGCAUGAGCAAAACGAACUAAUUCAGAAAGGCUUUGAAAAUUUAGCACAAAGUGUGCACCAGGGGAUUCAGCAACUCAAAAAAGAAAAGGAGGAACUUUCUAUUAGUGAUUGUUUUAGUUAUGUUAAGUCUGCUUUAGACAUUGGCAAAGAUAUAUUAGCCAUGUAUUUACUGUACAAAUCCUCAUUUAAGUAA